CUCGCGCGCACGGAGGGACGGAGGGAGGUUCUCCGCGCGCUCACUUCUCAGUUUCAUUGACUUCAUCUAAAACUCAAAUGAACUCUAGUUUGAGGUUUUCCUCUUCAGCUUUCUUCCACCCAGCUUCACUUUUUGUCUGUCUUGUCACGCAAUCCCAGAGCCUGGUGCGCUCCUCCAGCCCGGUUUCACGCACGAGACGGUUAACGGUCCGAGGAGCAACAGGAGGUUUCCACGAGCGUGUCACGACCCGAAACGAGAAGGAUUUAACGGAGACUUUUUGGAACACACUGGUUCAGGUUUAACAUCUGCUGUCUGGAGGUGGCCCACUGAUUCAACAUCUGCCCACCGGACCCACAGUCUGACCCGGGAUAUCUGCUAACGUCUGUCGUCCAUCAUGCAUCCCUCAGCGGGCAGCAUGUGUGUGCGCUGCAGCCUGGUCCUGGUUCAGGUCCUGGUCCUGAUCCUGGUCCAUCCUGCAGCAGGGUACAGUCUGGAUCAGGACCACAGUCUGGAGUUCAGCGGCCCCUCCUCAUCCAUGUUUGGAUACUCAGUCCUGCUGCAUCGCCAUGGAGCCCAUAGCUGGUUGGUGGUUGGAGCCCCCGUGGCAAACUCAUCUUCCAGCCCGUCGGUUCGAUCUCCCGGAGCCAUUUACCGCUGCAACAUCACCGCUGAGUCCCGCCGCUGCCACCCAAUGCACGCUGACGUUCUGAAAUGUGGGAAGACGUGUGAUGCAGAGAGUGAUCACCAGUGGCUGGGAGUCAGUCUGUCCAGACAACCUGGAGUCAACGGAGGACAUAUCCUGGCAUGUGCUCACCGCUGGAAGAACGUCUUCUACUCAAAGAAAGACGGCCAGAACCACAAGCUGCCUAACGGAGUCUGUUAUCGCUACGGAAAUGACCUGAGGCACGCCCAGCCCAUCAUUCCCUGCUACAGAGACCACCAGAGGAAGUUCGGUGAGGAUUAUGGGUCGUGUCAGGCCGGCAUUUCCAACUUCCUGACAGAGGAUCUGAUCAUCAUGGGGGCCCCGGGGACGUCUUACUGGACGGGUUCAGUUCUGGUCUUUAACACGUCCAGCGGGGGGAUGUCGGUGUACCUGGACGACGACGCUGGAGCCGUCAGCUUUGGAAGCUACCUAGGUUACGCUGUCGGAGCCGGUCCUUUUUUGAGUACUGUUACUGUGGAGGUGGUGGGUGGAGCUCCGCAAUACAACCAGAAGGGCAAGGUCUUCAUCUUCACUAUUGACAGCAACAUGCUGCGAGUCGUCUCCGAGGUCUACGGAAAAGAGCUGGGAUCUUACUUCGGCUCCAGCGUGUGUGCCGUGGAUCUGAACGCUGAUGGUUUGUCAGAUCUGCUGGUCGGCGCUCCCAUGGCAACAGGCGUCACUAGGGAGGAGGGAAGAGUCCAUGUGUACAUCAACCAGGGCAAUGCGAAGCUGUUGGAGGCGGAGUUUCAGCUGACUGGCAGCGAUGCCUACGCCGCCCGGUUUGGAGAGACCAUCGCCGACCUGGGAGACUUGGACGACGACGGUUUCCGCGAUGUGGCGGUUGGAGCCCCACAGGAAGACGAGCUAAAAGGAGCCGUCUACAUUUACAAUGGCAGGGAGGAAGGCAUCUCACCAACUCCAUCUCAGAGGAUUACUGGAUCCACUCUGGGUCGUAACCUCAGGAUGUUCGGCCAGUCUCUGAGCUCUGGCAUUGACAUUGACGAUAACGGCUACCAAGAUGUGGCAGUUGGUGCUUUCCUCUCAGACUCUGCCGUGGUUCUCAGGACCCGUCCGGCGAUUCAGGUGAAGGGAUCCCUGAUUUUGCCCGAGCAGAUUGACCAGCGGGUGGCGCUGUGCCAAGAACACAAGACUCCAACUGUCUGCUUCAAUGUUACCGUCUGCUUCAGUGUCAAGUCCAGACAGUUCAGGGGAGCUAUAGAUCUUCAAUACAAUUUGACCUCUGACCUCCUCCAUAAACCAUCUUUCCCUCAUCGUUUCUAUUUCCAUGGCAACGGGUCAGCCAAUAGCACAAGGGGGCGUGUGAGAGCCCAACAUGGACAGCUCACUUGUACAACACACGUGGCUUACCAAAGGAAAGAUGUGAAGGACAUUUUUACUCCGAUCAAGUUUGAGGUUUCUUACAGUCACAGAGAAACAAACACCCACAGAGCCUCUUCCAAAACCUUCCCUCCAUUAAAACCCAUUCUGCAGCAGAACGCAGGACACCAGAACACUAUCACCAACCAGACUUGGUUUGCUCGUUCCUGUUCGCUGGUCAACUGCUCGACCAACAUGCAGCUGUCUGCUCAACUAGUGCUGCCACAUCAGCAGCAGUACUUUGCCCUCGGCUCUGGACAGACGAUCAUGUUGAAAACCUCGCUGCUGAACUAUGGGGACGACGCCUUCCUGCCGAGACUGACGCUGCGUUUCCCCGACAACAUCCACUACAUUAAAGUCCUGCAGAACCUGGACAAUGUGGUCAGUUGUGAUGUCACACAGGAAGUCAACAGUACAACAGCAGGUGUUGACUGCAGCGUCACCAGCCUCCUCCUCUCAGCCAACGCCCAGUUGAACAUCAACUUCCUAUUGGACGUCAACCAGAACAGCACACCUGGUGACGUCACCAUUCACGUCAACAUUAGCAGUGAUAACUAUGAGAGGGAAGAGUAUCUCCUUGACAACUCCGUCAGCCUCUUCCUUCCUCUCAAAUAUGGAGUCAACAUUAACAUCCACGGUUUUGUGACUCCCGCCUCAUUUGUGUUUGGAGAUGAAGACACAACUCCGGUUGACUGCUACGCUGAACGAUUCAACUACACAUACAAGGUGUUAAACUCUGGUCCCAGCAGGUCUGUAGAUACUGUGGUUGACAUCGCGCUACCGAAGAUCCUCACACCGAACCGACACAGACUGCUGCAGGUGGUGGACUGGCAGUCGUCUCACGGUGUGUGUUCGAUCAGUGACAUGACUAUUUCAGUCCUCGAGGACUGUGAUGUGCCUCAAGCUUCCUUCAUCAAACAGCUCGUCUUCUUCUUCUCCUCCACCUCCACCCGCAGAAUGUUCUGUGGCCGUGGCGAUGAGCUGUGUGAGCGGUUAGUGUGUCGUCUAGGUAACCUGGAGGCGGGGAGAGAUGCCUUCAUCCAACUGGAGAUUAGACUGAACCCUGCUGUACUACUCCAAGCUCCGGGGCGUCACGGUGUCAUGAGGCUGGAGAGCACAGCGACGAUGUCCAAUCCCAGAGAAGGUCCUCACACCAUCCUCAUCACCGAACAACCUGCAGCGCAGGUGGUGGUAGAAGCUCUUUUUACCCAGAAACCCACAACAACAGUGAAAGUCUUCAUCAUUGUGGUCAGUUUAGUUUUGGGUCUGAUGAUCCUGGCUGCUCUCAUCUGGUGUCUGUGGAAGGCUGGUUUCUUUAAGAGGGAGUUCCAGAAGAAAGAAGAAGAGGAGGAGUUCAAGAGAGAUAGCUGGGACUACGUCCCUAAAAACGACAAAAGAGAGAGCACUUCAUAACGCCGGCUGCCUCCUCUGGCCACGACCUCUGACCUCUGACCAUAGGAUGAAGGCGUUCACAUUGUGACUGUGCAACAGUUCCAAUGAGAUGAGACAUCUGUGCUGACGGAUGGAUGGAGUGCUGCUUAUGAAAGUAUAGCAAGCCAGUUUGUCUAAAACAUUAGAACAAUACUGCUGCUGAGCAUCAUCAGCCAAUGAAAUCUGUCCAUUACAAGUCAGCUGAUCUGACUCUCAACAAGUCAGGUGGUUUCAUCACAGACCUGACAGUGAGAUGGGUGACAAAAUGUCUCCAGUGAACACACCUGAACCUGACCUUUCAAAACUAUUUUGCCGGAUGUGCCUCCACAAAUACAGAUGAUAAAGACUUAAAGAGAUGGCAGCGAUGGACGGAGGAUGAAAUAAAAAAGGGAAGUGAACCUGAAACCACCUCUUAGAAGGCCUCGAAGCUUCCUGGAACCCAUCGAGGACAGUUAUCGAUGACCGCCAUUUUGACUCUUAAGAGGAAACUAAUCAAAGGACAAAGGAAGUGACUCUGAUGACCUUCGAUGUUGGGUGAUGGAAACCUGGCCUCUGAUUGGCUCAUAGCUCUCUGGAAAACCCUCCCUUUUGUCUGUGUACAUUAUUGUUUACCUGCUGACCAACGCUUCAUGCACUGCUAACACACACACACACACACAGAGCGGACACACUGCAUGCUGUCCAGACAGAAGUAGAAGUGAUGGCUGCUGGGAUGUGCUGGUACAGGGUGUUUUAAUGGACGCCGAACAUCCUCACAGUGUCACUUCAGCCUGUUUUUACCUUAUUAUUUUGAGUUUUUGUCCCUCUCAAGGCCCGGUCAGUGAGAUUUCGUGGCACUAUCACUUCAAUUCAAUGGAGGCUGAUAAUUGAGUUGCUCUCAAGGCAACUGUAGUGAACCGCCUGUAGGUGUCACGAAGACAGAAAUGAGCACUUCUCUUCCACUUUCCUCCAAAGUACAACUACCAUGUGACAUCAAGUAAGGCUUCAAUAGUUUCUGCUUGUUUGGAUAUACAUUUAACAUAUAGAGCUCUUUUUGAGACGCUUAAAGAUGCUUUACGUGAAAAAUUAAAUCCUGUAAGAACGCAUAUGUACCACAGUCUCACUGGAACUGAUCUUGGACCACUUGGUUCAGGUUAAUCCAGAUCAGGCAGCAACCUCCGGUUCUACCGAGUGAAGCCGAUGCGGAAGUGUCUUAAAACUUGCAUUCUCUCUAAAGACCAGCAGGGGGCGACUCCUCUGGUUGCAAAAAGAAGUCCGAUUGUAUAGAAGUCUAUGAGAAAAUGAGUCCAUACAGCAGGGUAUAAUUUAGGGCGGGGGUACCUUGUGAUUGACAGGUCGCUGCCGCUACCAGAGCCGUAUCCGGUGUUUCUACAUCACUCCUCUGGAUUCCAAAUAUGGUAACUUACUUUCAUCGGAUGCAAAAAAGCCAAGAUGGCGAUGGACGAUCUGGAUCCGGACUAAACUAUCGGUGUGAAAUCUCAGUAAAAGAAGCAGCUUGUCGGGUCACAGAGCCACAGGGUUGGAUGACUACUUGAAGGAAUGUUCAAAAGCAGUUUUAACUGUCUGUAUUUUGUGAAUGCAGACAGUUAAAACAGCUGCCACCCUCCAUUCUGUUCUAUAUAUUUAGUACAAAUGCACAUCACACAUAUUAAUGUGUUAAUUAAUAUUUUAAUAAAUGAGUUUGUUUUAUUUUCAUGUGAAGUUGUUCUGCACUGGAGAUUCUCACUGCUUUUAUCAAAACUUUUCUAUUAAAAUUAAGGGUUUUCUAUUUAAA